AAUGAACCCCAAAAAAAUAAUAAUUGCAAAAUGACUUUAUUAUUAGGUUUAGAUUAUGUGGAACUGCCACAAAACAAGUCCCUGUGAAUUAAUUAUUACUACAGAAAUGAUCAUUUAUUGGAAUGAGUGCAUUAUUAUAAAUCUAUCAUUUGAAUUACAGCUGGAACUAUAGUCAGAACACCUUCUGUCCAUCAUAUUCGAGAAUUCAACAGCACUGUGGUAAAAGUGGUAUAUAAGCUUCCACAACUCCCUUUCCACUUUCCUGCUUGAGUUGGGGUGUAAUUUCAUGUUUCAUUGCCAGCUAUUUUAUCAAAACAGCAUUUCCUUGGCAUUGUGAAACCAGCUACAGCCUGGUGGUCCCUUCUCACAUUUCCUGCCUAAAAUAAACCAUGAUCUCACACAUUGGAAAGAAGCAGCGAUUUCCCCAUGUCUCUUCAAGAUAAUGAAGUAAUGAAAUCACCUGUCUGUAAGUGCACUGUUUUAAAUGAGGGUGUGAGGUCGGACAUGUAUAGCCAUGCUAGGUUCAUGCUCAUGGAGGGGAUCGGCGAGCCAUUGCGUAACCCCUUAAUGUCUUUCUAACAUGCAAUUCUUUCAGAAGUGAUGUCUGUACUUGCAGAAAGUCUUAAUCUCUAGACCUAUACAUUGGUAUACAGCUGGCCACAGUGUACAUGAAUCAAGGGAUUCAUUAUUGUUUACUCCAGGCUUAUGUCAGUCUUUCUUUGAGUCAUUUGGAGAAACCUGUUCUUUUCUAUGUCACAACUUGUAGAAAGAGAGAAAUAAGAGAAAGAAUGGAGGGAGAAUAGCAUGGUUAGGAGGGUGGAGGUUGUUUUGUAUUUGACUUCCCCUGUUUUUAUCAACUCGCUGUAGAUAUAUCACCUUAUUAGCACAAAGAAUAAGUUUGGUGCCUAUUGAAAUGUCAUUCUGCAGUGCAGAAAGUCAGCCAAGAACGAGUCAAGUAUACGCUGCCUGAUCGUUUCCACGGCAACCCUUAGUGACCGGGACGUUCACCCCAGGCAGAGCAAAGUGUGUGUGUGUGUGCUUAUAUGGGGGAAGUUACUCUAUCAAGGGAGUGAAUGGAGGUUAAGUGUAAGAGUAAAAGAGAGGGAGUGAGUGAAUGAGAGAGAGAAUGCGUAGCCAGUCGGUGAGAUCAGAGAGGGAGAGAGAGAGAGAGAGAGAGAGAGAGAGAGAGGAGGUCUGAGCUGGUUAGAUGUGCAGUCAGAGAGAGUGUGUGUGGGAGAGAGAGAGGCUGUGUUUUCCUAAGGACUCUAUGCACAGCAGUACCAUCACACACUCCAGUAGAUCUCUGACACAGACUUUGAAUACCAUUUAAAUGAUGUUCCAGGUGAAGUUCCAGUUACGUUCCAGCUUAUUUUCCAGUUGCUCAUCUUUCAAGACCCUGUACAGUGAAUCUGAGUUAUUCAUAAAAGAAAAGGACUGGAAACCCCACAGAUGACAUGCAGCCUCAGAGGACGGUGGUAUAUGACCAUCUCAAUGGCUCACAGAUCGUUUUCUCAGAUGAAAGUCGACCAGGAAACGCUCUGUCCCCGGACAUGACCCAGGAAGUAGUCGUGAUCUCACCUGGUCUCCCUGCACCUCCUCUGACCCCCUACUAUAGGAGUGCUACUGCUUUGGCUCCUCAACACAAUGUUGCAGAGGUAAAUGGAGGUGCAGUUCCUACCCCCAGUUUCGGAUCCUACUACGGCCCAGACCAAUCACAUGAUCGAUUACCUAAUGGUGGGCCAAGCUCCGCUACUCUGCCUCGCACUUCCAUCACCAGAGAGGAGAGGCUCAUCAAAUUCUCUGGGAUUGGCCCUGUGGACGAAUCAGGCAUGCCAAUCGCAUCCCGAUCUAGUGUGAACAAACCUAAGGACUGGUACAGGAGCAUGUUUCGACAGAUCCACAAGAAACCAGAGGAGCCAGAAGGUGACUGGCAAGAAAGGAGGCUGAAUGCCACUCCACCUGUAGAGUCGACUCAGGAGGACGGACACGGACCUGGAAAAGACCCCUUCACCCUCACGCAGCAUGGAGCGCUGCCUGACUGGGCUGACCUGGGCGAUGUAAUAAAGAUUCCAGAGCCGAAGAGCAUUUUCGACUUUGAGCCAGGACAAGGAGGCACAGCGGAGGAACGUGUGCAGUCACCAAGACAACCGCCAGUGCACUACCCUCCUGAGAGAGCCCACUCUCCUUCCAUAGAGGCCACUCUAGUGUCGGAGCUAAACCGCUUCGAGGCAGAGCUGGACUCAGACAUCCGUGGCCUGGAGAGGAAGCUGUCUCUGAAGCAGCAGCAGCCACAGCGGCGAGGCAGGGGUGAGGGUGAAAGGAACGACACUACCGGAGCAGGGACAUCUGGGAAAGGACUAGACUACAGCUACCUGAUUGGAGAAAAGCACCUUGGGACGAAAGAUAGAGGUAGUGCCCCUCCAAGCCAUCCCACAAACCCUUGCACCGGCGUUCAGCAAGAUAUAGCGCCUAGCAUCACACAUGCUAAUGACAGAACAGCGUGUGUGUCUGCAGACAUGGACUUUCUACCUAAGAGAGAGGAGAAAAAGAUGAAAGCAGCGCGAGCCAAAUUUGAUUUCCAAGCCCAGUCACCCAAGGAGCUGACCUUGCAGAAAGGUGAUGUGGUGUAUAUUCACCGCCAGGUUGAUGCCAACUGGUAUGAAGGAGAGCAUCAUGGGAGAGCAGGGAUCUUUCCUACUAGCUACGUUGAGAUAAUUCCUCCGACAGAGAAGCCAGUGCCGAUAAAGUCUCCCAGCGUACAGGUGCUGGAGUACGGCGAGGCUGUGGCUCUGUUCAACUUCAAUGCUGACCUGCCGGUGGAGCUAUCCUUCAGGAAGGGCGAGGUGAUAUCCAUAACACGACGGGUGGAUGAUCACUGGUUGGAGGGUCGGAUCCCAGGCACUGUCCGCAGCGGCAUUUUCCCCGCCAACUACGUGCAGGUCAACAAAAUGCCCCGCACCAAAACCAGUGAUGACCUUUCACCCUGCCCACUCUCACCCCUCUCCCCUUCCCCUCACUGCACUCAGGCUCCGCUUUCACCUCACACACGCACCACCCAAUCACGCUCACCCCUCUCACCCACACAGCCUGCCUACACCAGACAGCCGUCCAAUCACUUUGUGUACUCGCCUGGCCCCGCCUCACCCACUCCACCCAACAGCCACAGGAGUUUCUCACCUUCAGCAUGCAGCUCGUUGGACAGAGAAGCGAGAUUCCCUGUUUCACCAUCCAGUCAUGUCCUGGCGUCUCCACAGGGCCCGGGACUGGCAGCGAACAUGAACCCGCGACCUUCAUAUUUUUAUCAGGAUGGAGCCAGGACACACUCUCCUCAGUCUUACACACAUGUAAAAACUCCACCAUCAGCAGCUUCUCCAGUCAACAGCGGCACUACAGUCAUACCACGACAGCCAUAUAAGGCAGUUUACAACUACAAGCCCCAGAAUGGAGACGAGCUGGAGCUGAGAGAGGGAGACAUUGUUCAGGUGAUGGAGAAGUGUGAUGACGGCUGGUUUGUAGGUACGUCUGAGAGGACUCAUGCUUUUGGAACGUUUCCUGGCAACUAUGUGGCACCUGUGUGAACGUGAACAAAUGUUUUGGCACAUUCACUACUUCUGCAGUCUCACUCACUAAUUCGAAGAGAAUUUUAACGUAUACACACACACACAUAUAUAUACACAAUAAAUCUUCAAUCUCUCCAUCAUCAUCUCUCACUUUUCAGCUCCUGAACUGGUUUGCAUGCACACUCUGUUCACAUUUUGAGCACUUGUGUGUGUUUUUGGCUGUGUGUGUGUCUGUUUGUUUUCACAAGCACUCCCUGGAUGUGGUGGCAAUGGCAAAGACACUGUGUUUGGAACAGUCAAGGCAACUCGCUUGUUUUUACAGCUACCAGUGACUGAUUUAAGAGGUGGCCAUGGAUAUGGUUUGGACUGGACUGCUGCCAUAGAGAACAGAGACAGAGACACGCUCCUUAUCGUCCACAUGCUUAUUUUGCAGCACAUCCUGUGUUUGACAUUUUUGUGUAAAGAUUUCCUCCGUCCUGCAUUUCAGAUUUGUAACAGCGCAGCUCCGUGAACACUCCAUGAGGACACACAUCUGGAUGGAUGAACUUUCUCAAUUAUCAUGAUCAUCACAAAUAUUAGUGGUUUUUUUUUUUUUUUUGCUGGCUUGGCUGAACUCAAUUUGAUAUUAACAACACAACCAUGCAAAUCCUUGCCUGCUAGGGCUUCAUCUAUGUGUAGUAUAUGUUAGUGCUGUAUCUGUUAAUCUAUUGCUCGAGACACCAUUGAAGGAUCAACUCACUCGGCAGCAUUCUGGGGAUUAUCGUAAUAUUUCUGAGGAAGUAACUCAUGCAGAACUGGCUUCAGUAUGUACGUAUUAUAAAUCUAUAGCUCGAACAUGUCUGUAGUGGAUUAGCUAGACUUUGACAGUUCAGGGCUGUAUGUGAGAAUAGCUAAAUAUGAUUGCCUACAUAACAAAAACCUAUUACCGAAAACUUGUGUUAUAGAUCAUUAUUCUGUGUUGAGUAAUACAUUUCCUGACAUCUAAUAUGCUAUUUAGGAACAUGACCAAUCCUAGACGUGCUGUGCAUCAUGAAGGGUAUGGUUCUGUCAUUGAGAUCGGGCGAUGGAAAGGAAGUCUAGUGUCAUUUCAGAUUGGCUCCUUGCUGGAACAUUCUUUCUCUAUCAACAUGAUCUGGUGAAAAAUUCACAACAAUUCGAAAGAGUGAGGUUGAUGUGGUUGGGUUUUGUUGGAGUUAAGGUAUAAACCUUAACCAUUGUAACUUUUUACACAAACUGAGUCAUUUGGGUUGUCUCUUGGAAAGCCAUUGCAGUUUUCAUUGACCACACUCAAAUUCAUUCCUAAAAAAGUUUUCUGAAGUUUAACAUGAUAUUAAACCCUGUUGUGAAGUGAUCCUCAUUUGGAAUUGUAAUACUAAAGUAAAGUCUACCACAUAUCGGCCACUAUCUUCCUUUUUGAGCAUGAAAAUGCACUUGGAAAGAUGAAGUAAGAUGGUGACCAAAGUAUAAAGAAAAAGGAAGUGUUUUGAUCAGAUGAUGUAUGUACAGUAAUUCACAAAUUAUGUUAUCUCAUGAUCCCUGUCACUGUCAAUUCCAACUAAAAGCAACUUCUUAAUAAGCAUUCCUUACAUUCGUAGUCAUGCAUCGACAGAGGAAAACUGACUUGACCACAGGUUUUUAUGGGAUGAUUAUGUUACACUAGAACAGUGAAUGCUUGUAUGUGGUUGUAUUGUGUAGGAUACUACUUUCUAACUCGAGUAUUAUUUCCAUUUUUUUUUUUUUGUUUUCUGAGACUGUACAGAUAUUAACAGUUAUCAAACUAAAAAUAUAAUAUAUUUUUACUGAUUGCACAGUGUAUUUCAGUAGCUAUGGUACUCACAGAUUUUGAUAACCAUCAAAUAAAUGCAUCCUGUGCUGCGAAAAAAAAAA